CGUGGCCUGCGGCUCUGCAGCUGGAAGCGAGCGAUCAGUUCAGAAGAAAUGGAACUGGUAGAAGAGAAAGAGUCAGCGGCCUCAAUGGAAGCAAGUUUGCAAGAGGAUUUCGGGCCUCAAGAGGAACAAGCUACUUUCAACCCUCUCCUGAGGGCUGCUCUGACUGGGGACACAGAAAGAGUACAGCAGAUUUUUGAUGACCCAGAGGAUCCUGAUCGUGAAAAGGCCACUGAGCUCCUGACAGAAAAGGAUAUUGUAGGGAGAGAUCUGCUGUAUGCAACUUGCAUGGCUGGGAAGAGCGACGUUAUCCGGACACUGGCAAAAUAUGGAGUGGACUUAAAGGAUAAGACAGCCAGAGGUUAUACUCUUCUCCACUGUGCUGCAGCCUGGGGCCAACUGGAAACUUUGAAAACUCUUGUAGAAUUGGAAGCUGACAUAUAUGCAACUACCUUUCGAGGUGAAAAGGCUAGAGAUAUUGCCUACCGAUAUGAGCAGGCAGAGUGUGUUGAAUUCUUGGACUGGGCAGAAGCCAAACAGAAUUUAAGAAUGUUUAUUGCUCAAAUCCAGGCAACGAUUACAGAUCCCGAGAAGGUUCAGGGAAAGCUUAAUAAAGAGGACAAGAGCAUAUCUCACAAGGCCUGCCAGGCCAAGACAGAUUGGCUUGAAAAUACAAAGGAACCCACCGUUCAAGACUUCCUGGAUCAAAAGCAGCAGCUAGAGGGCAUCAUGCUUCCCAUCUUCACCAAAAUGGCUGCGCCGCCUUGCCUGUCUCCUGACCAGGAUUAAAGAAGAAAAGGAAACACACCAGCAGAAUUGCUAAUUUUGAUCCAUGUUUAUUAACAUUGGGAGGGCAAACUAAUAAUUCCCAACCUAUAUUAAAUCAAGUUUGUAUUUAAAAAAAAUUAAUAUGCAGAUAACAUCAAUCAACAUAUUUAAUGAAACAAUUUUAAAAACAGGUAUUCAUCUAUUAUGCAUGGAGCCCAGCGUCUUAAAAGCAUGCAAUCUUUACAUUAUCUACAUGACAUGACAAACGUGCUUAAUUUCUAAACCUUUUGGAUUAAAAAAAAAGCUACCACUAGGAUAAUGCAUGUAAAUUUUUGUCCAGAUUGCUUGGAAAGGAAUGGGAAGUUGCACAACAGCUGCAGCAAGGAUGGGAAGUAGCUGCUCAGCUGAUUGUGUGGGCCUUCCAUGACAACUGCAAAUAGUUGCCACAUGGAUGCAACCACCACUCAGCAAAAUAUAACACUUCAUCCAUUCAGUGAAGUGGGCUCUGACUCACAAGAAGUUAUGCCACAAUACGUGUUAGCCGUUGUAUCAUAAGACCCUUUUUCAUUAUGGCUGUAGAAGGCUACCU